CUGCCAAGUACAGAACUACUAGUACUACUCGACUCGUCUCCUUCUCCCAUAUCUUCCCUCUCCGCCUCUUCUUCUCCCUCUUCUCCUUCCUCCUCUCCCUCCUCUCCUCCAUCGCGUCGCGUUCUAAUUAUAAUCCAGACGAGGCGAGACGGGCUUGCUAGUCCACUCUCGCUGCUAGUGCUGCCCCUCGCCCCCGGCUGCACCGAGCCGAGCUGAUCUCCCUUCCUCGCCGUCGCCGCCACAACCUCAUAUCUUGCUGACGUUCCACCCGCCAGUCGCCAUGGAUGACAAGUUCCUCGCCGCCUCGGCCAAGUACGCCAUCGUCCCCGGCCAGACAUACAAGUAUGGCACCGCCGGCUUCCGCAUGAAGGCCGACCUCCUCCCCGUCGUCUCUUUCCGUGUCGGCCUCCUUGCUGGCCUUCGCAGCCGCAAGCUCAAUGGCCAGGCCAUUGGUGUCAUGAUCACCGCCAGCCACAAUCCCGCCGCCGACAAUGGCGUCAAGAUCGUCGACCCCAUGGGCGAGAUGCUCGAGCAGGAUUGGGAGGCCUUUGCCACACGCCUCGUCAACGCUCCCUCCGACCAGAAGCUGCUCGAGGAAUACAAGGCCCUGGCCGCUAAGCUCGGCAUCGACCUCAACGCUCCCGGCCGUGUCGUCUACGGCCGUGACACCCGCCCCUCGGGCCACGGCCUGGUCGUCGCACUGGCCGCCGCCCUCGACGCCACCGCCAUCGAGCACACCGACUACAAGAUCCUCACCACCCCUCAGCUCCACUACCUGACGCGCUGCGUCAACACCGAGGGCACCCCCAAGUCGUACGGCCAGACGAGCGAGGCCGGCUACUACCAAAAGUUCUCAGACGCCUUCGUCCGCGCUCUGCGGGGCAGAAAGAUCCAGGGCCAGCUGCAGGUCGACUGCGCCAACGGUGUGGGCGGUCCAAAGUUUUCCGAGAUGCUCAAGGUCAUUCCCAAGGAUGUCACCGGCUUCGACGUCAAGGUCGUCAAUGAUGACGUCCUCCGACCCGAGGUGCUCAACCUCGAGUGCGGUGCCGACUAUGUCAAGACCAAGCAGCGAGCCCCCCAGAACCCCAAGCCCGUCCCCGGCCUGCGUUGCUGCUCCUUUGACGGUGACGCUGACCGCCUCAUGUACUACUGGAUCGACCCCGACACCGGCUUCUUCAUGCUCGACGGCGAUCGCAUUUCUUCUCUCAACGCCUCCUUCAUUGGCGACCUUGUCCGCUCGGCCGGUCUCCAGGACGACCUGCGCAUCGGCGUUGUCCAGACCGCAUAUGCCAACGGCGCCAGCACGACGUACAUCGAGAAGCACCUGCAGCUGCCGGUCGUGUGCACCCCAACCGGCGUCAAGCACCUGCACCACGCCGCCUGCCAGUUCGACAUUGGUGUCUACUUCGAGGCCAACGGCCACGGCACCGUCGUCUUCUCUCAGGAGGCGAUGCGCGUCUUCCGCGAGAAGGAGCCCCAGUCCCCCGCGCAAAAAGACGCCCUGGAGACGCUCGCUGCUGUGGGUGACCUCAUCAACCAGACGGUCGGCGAUGCCAUCACCGACAUGCUCAUGGUGGAAGUCAUCCUCGCGCACAAGGGCUGGUCCCUCAAGGACUGGGCCAUGACGUACACGGACCUGCCGAACCGCCUGGUCCGCGUCGAGGUCGGCGACAAGGAUCUGUUCCAGGCCACCGAUGCCGAGCGUCGCCUCAGCCACCCGCCGGGUGCCCAGGACGAGAUCGACCAGGUCGUGAGGAAAUACUCGAGCGCCCGCUCCUUCGCCCGCGCCAGCGGCACGGAAAACGCCUGCCGCGUGUACGCCGAGGCCGCGACCCGCUCCGAGGCGGACGAGCUCGCCAACAAGGUCGCCCAGAUCGUCAAGCAGUUCGGCUCGUAGGACGACUCAUUCUUGGCUGGGCUUGAGGACGUCCAGAACGCGCGUGACGAGCUUAUCCGCUACUGGCAGCCCGACUGGCGGCGGUGUUGAACAGAGAGCAGCCGGCCAGCCAGAGACGCAGUUACCUGGCUCUGUGCGUCCCCUUCAACCUAGAAGGGCAACCGGAAGGGCAAGCAGAGAAUGAAAAAGCAGUCGGGUGAAAAAGGCAAGAAAGACGUGGCGACUUAUACUUAGGCAACGGCCCCAAAAAAAAAUAAACAAAAAGGUGAGACUGCAGUCAGGGGCUGCGGUAGUAAGAAGACUCGGCCAGCAUGUGGUGGACUCUGAGGCGCUUCGUCAGGCACAUAUUCACACAUUCCGUCCUCUCGCUCUCUUCACCACUUGUUCACCGCUGCUCUCACAUCACAUCACAUUGGCGAAAAAAGCAACUCUUGACGAGGGAAAAAAGUCAUUGUGCACCGGGGGGGUUGGUUGGUCCUGUUUUGCCCAAGGACGGUAGACUGCAUAUCACUUACGUAGUAGCGGAGGCAAAGCCGGGAAGCCCCUCCCCGCCUUGAAUACCAACCUCACGCGCGCGUGGUUUGGCACGAAUCCCUCCUUGACGUGCGCUUGAAGCAGUAGUCGCCAUUAUUGCUGUGUCGAUUAAUGCUGGGCCGUGGCGUACGCAUAGUACAUGUACAUGUUCUCGGGGAGCGGAACUGGACCGACCGGGGUUCCUCUCGUUCGGUUCACUUAACCUAUGGAGAAACGUGGAUG